AUGAAGUCUCUUCACUUGUCCAGACUCCUGGUGCUAGUUGCUGCUGCAAUUUUGGGCUCCGAGAUGGUACUUGCACUCCCAUCUCCCGGUACUCACCUUACGGUGAGCAAAACGCAUGCUCUCGAUGUCUUAGAAAACGAGUCGAGUUCUGAUAAUUUCUCAUCGAACGUGUUUGACAAGCGAUCUAUAACCGAUGUCAACUGCAUGAGAGCCACCGGGCAGAAUUGGUCCCCCGCACCAGUCGACCAAGCACAAGCUGCAACCGAUUUCCUUAGAGGAACGACUGGACUAUGCGCAGUGCAACCCACAAGCUGUGUGCGGGUCAGCUGUGUUGAUUAUGCUGCUGUCUAUCUUUGCAAUAAUAACAAACAUGAGCUCCACUGGUCGUGUUUUAAGAUCUCUGCGUACGCGCAGGCGCUGAUUGAUCAGUGCCCUACUGCGAGUCGAGGCCAUGGAGGUAGGGUUGUUGGAGGACAGGCUUGGGAUAAUGAUAACUGGAAUGUCUUCAUCCGGGGGGAGGAUUGUGAGCAGUGA